CAAUCGCCGUCCGAUUUAACGGCGUGGCAAGACAGCGACGAUCAUCUAGACAUUUUCCCAUUAUUUAAUUCCACCAACGCCCCAUUUAAUCGACCGUUGAACCCCCAACGGUCGUCUUUCAAAGAUUCUUCCCUCUCCAUUAUUCACUCUUCAGACUUCUCUGCUAUAUAUAAAUCUGCACUAAUCUCUCUCCCACAUUAACUCUCCCACUGUAUUGAAACUGAUUACACAAUGGAGAUGACGCAAGAAUCGCCGGUUCAGAAAGAAAACGCCGCCCCUAAGCAGCCGGCACUUCCGCCGGUUCAGAAUGAAAACGCCGCUGCGAAGCAGCCGGCACUUCCGCCGGUUCAUAAUGAAAACACCGCCCAGAAGCAGCAGACAUUGCCGCCGCCGCUUACCAAGCCGAGCUUAUGCAGCAAAACCACCAUUCCUGAUCGUCUCAAGGUUCCCAAGGCAUUCAAAUACCCUGAAAGGUACACAAGUCCAACUGAUCAAAUGAUGUCCCCUGUUUCCAAGCGACUCUUCGGCAACGGAAGAACCAGAAAGCCAGCCACCGCCGCCGUCGCCGCUGCCGCCACCGCGCCAUUGCCUCCUUCCGGCAACCCUCCGAAGCCCGUCAAGAUUCAACCCCAAACGCUGUCGUCUUCUCCAAACUUGAUAUCGAUAGACACUUAGCUUUAACACACACAGUGUAUCACUGUGCUCUGAACAAAAUAUUUCUAUUUUUGUUUUCUGAAAAAUAUAUGUAUGUCGGAAUCAACGGUUGUUAUAACGAUAACAUUUUUGCUUUUCCAAGAAUAA